AUGAAAAGUCUGCUAAAAUAUGUAGCCUGCACCACCUUUGAUGAUCAAUUAAACCAGAAAGAGUAGAGGCCAAAGAUUAAGAAAAUCUUAAGACAAAACAAAAUCAUUUAGAAUCAAUAGAAGAUUACAAAUAAUCUUGAUGAUAAAAUCAAAACAGAAUAAAGUUUUGAAGAGAAUUCCAAUUAAGAAAAUUAUUAAAAUAAUGAAAAUGAAGUUGAAUCAUCAAAAAAUUAAGAAUAAGAUGGCAAUAAUAUAAAUUCUUAAGAUUAAGAAAGUUUAAAUGAGUAAACUAAUAAUCAAUUACUUUAAUAAGGCACUUUUACAUUUAAUCAAUAACCUUUAUUACAUAUAAGUUUGACUUAUAAUGAACAAAAUUUCAUUGUUCCAAUUUAUAAUUAUUCAAAUGAAUUGACAAUAAAGUAAUCAUUAAUAUAGUUAAAUUUAUCAUAAGAAAACUUAUUAAAAGUAUAUUAAAUUUGUAUAAAACAUUUAUAAUAUUAUUUAAAAACUCUAGAAACUAUUUGGUUAAAUAAGAAUAAUGAAAAAAUUGAUAAUAUUUAUUUUCUCUAAAACUUAAUGAAUGAAUAAUCAUUUGUUUAAACCAGAAAUCAAAAUUCAUUUUGGGUAAAGAAAAAAGAAUUGAAAAAUGGGUAUAUUUAAAAUAUAUUUAAGUUAGAUUCAAAUUGACAUUGAAGAUAAGGAAAAAGAAUAUAGAUUAGUAUUUUAGAAAUUCAAAAUAUUAUAAUUUAUCCAAAGCUAAAAGUUAUUGAAUAUUGGAAAAAGAUUCUCAAUUGAUUUAAAUAAAAGUGAUGAUUUUUUAAAAAUUAUUGAAAGAUUUUCUAAUGACAAUCAAUUAACCUAAAAAUCAAGAGAUGAAUUAAAAUGGCUUAUUCAAAAUGAAUUAAUUAGUAUGUUUGAAUGA